AUGGUCACAUUCUGGACAGGCCGACGACCAACAAUCUGGAUCUGCGACGCCUGGGCUGCUGACGAACUCCUCAACAAGCGAGCCGCAAUCUAUGCAUCCCGCCCACGAAUGGUCGUCUUUAGCGAGCUCGGCGCCGGCCAGUCUAACAUGGUCAACAUGUACUACGGAGAUAGAUGGCGGCUGCACAGGAAACUAACCCAUAUGGGUGUUGGACUGCAGCAAGUGCGCAACUACCGCGGGUUCCAGAACGACGAGAGCAAGGUCGUUGCUUUGGAUCUCUUGCGCGAACCCAGGGAGUACGUGAGCCAUUUCGAGAGGUACGCGACGAGCGUGGUCUCGAUAAUUGGGUUUGGGCGACGUGUGUCUGCAUAUACGGACCCAAUUAUCACGGAGGUGGUUGCGGUGAUGCAGCGGGCGGCUGAGUUGAACGUACCGGGGAAGUCGUUUCCCAUGUUGAUGGAGUCGUUUCCUUUCCUCGCCAAAUUCCCCAACUGGAUGGCACCCUGGAAGCACGGAUUAGGCAAUGGACAAGGACGCGGCAGGCCCUUUUUCUACGCGUUAGCAGAAGAAGCCGCCAGUGGUCCAGAGGCAAAACAGUGCUACGCAAGGAAACUCUUCGAAGAAGUGCCGAAACACAACCUUACCAAAAUGGAGAUCUCCUCGCUCGCUGGUAACCUUUUUGGAGCAGGCAGCGAUACAUCCAGCUCCACACUUGUCACUUUUGUUCUCGCUUGUUGUGCAUUUCCGGAGACACUGCCCAAGGCAUGGGAAGAGCUCGAUCGGGUGGUGGGGCCACAUCGGAGUCCGACGUUCGAGGAUGAGUCUGAUUUGCCAUAUGUAAGGGCGUUUGUGAAGGAGGUGCUGCGGUGGAGAUCGGUCGCUAUUAUUGGGGGACAGCCGCAUGCACCCAUUAAGGAUGAUCGUUAUAAGGUACGAUGCACUUCCUUGAAUUCCGUACUUGGCUGGUUAAUCCCCAGAAAUACCUGGGUGCAGGGGAAUGUCUGGGCAAUUCACCAUCACGAACGAGAAUUCCCCGAGCCUGACCGUUUCAAUCCGGAGCGAUAUUUUGAAGAAAGUCCUGUUCAUCGCCCGUUCCCGGUGGAUAAGGGCUACAUGACAUUUGGAUGGGGGCGACGAGUGUGCAGCGGCCAGGGUUUAGCUGAGCAGGGGACUUUCAUCACUAUCGCCCGGUUACUAUGGGGGUUUGAUAUACGAAAGGCGCUGGACCGGCACGGAAACGAAGUUCCGGUGGAUAUUUUUGAUUUCACGAAUGGCCUCAAUAUGCGGCCCAAUUCAUUUGAGUGUCGGAUUACUCCUUGCAACCAGGAGAUUCGUUCUACCAUUGAACGAGAGGGUUUGCAGGCACUGCAGGAUCUAUCUCAGUAUGAUGGUGAAACGAAAUACCGCAUGAGCACGUAUUACAAUCCAGAGAAACUAUGA